AUGGUUAAAUCGCGUACAAAAAAUGAUCCUAGCUAUGAAGGGAAGCUUUCUCUUGCUAUUGAUGCGCUAAAUAACGAAAAAAUCACGAAAUUACGCGACGCCGCACGCACUUUUGACGUAUCUUUAACAACACUGCGAAGGCGCCUGAAGGGCUCAGUUCCAGCGCAUAAUGCCAGUAUUACACGCAGAAAGAUGACCCCUACAGAAGAAGCUGUACUCCGGGGUUGGGUCUUCUCACUAGAGCGCCGUGGCGUUCCGCCUAGGCAGCAUAUGCUCCAUGAAAUGGCAAAUAUUUUGCUAGCUCAAAGAGAUCCUACCAAAAUACCUGAGAAGCGACAACCGGAUCUCAAGGCUAAAUUCGCACGCCGAUUAUCCUAUUCUAGAGCUCUUUGUGAAGAUCCAGUCGUUAUUGGUGGCUUUUUUGAGGAGAUUAAGCAGCUCAAAGAGGAAUAUGGGAUUGCCGAUGAAGAUAUAUACAACUUUGACGAGACAGGGUUCGCCAUGGGGAUCUCUUCUACAGCAAAAGUUAUAUGCAGCUCAGAUCGUUCAGGAAAACCUAGCCUCAUUCAGCCAGGAAAUCGUGAAUGGGUUACUAUUGUUGAGUGCGUUGGAAGCACCGGCACUGUGGUGCCUCCCCUGAUUAUAUUCAAAUCCGGCACCAACAGAGCUGAGUGUUAUACAAGCCCAAAGCUUCCCCCUGAUUGGUCAAUUACGCACUCUCCAAAUGGCUGGACAUCUGAUGAAAUCGGCUUACACAGCCAUUUAACACCGGGAUUUGAUCAGGCAUGUAAAAAUAAUAAUAUUAUUGCAUGUUGCAUGCCUCCUCAUUCAUCUCAUCUUCUUCAGCCUCUAGAUGUAGGGGUGUUUUCAGUGUUGAAGCGCUUGUACGGGGCCGCCGUUGAGAGCCGGAUUCGGAUUGGGAUUUACCAUGUUGAUAAGCUGGAUUUCUUAGAUAUGCUUUACAGCGUACGGAUCCAAACUUAUACCACACAAAAUAUUAAGAGCGGCUUUUCACACACUGGGAUUGUGCCAUAUAAUCCACAAAAAGUCCUAUCUCAGUUGCAAAUUGCUGUCCGGGAGGCUACUCCAGCCUCAAUUCGCCCUAGCACGUCAAGCAGCAGCACCUGGAGCCCAAAAACGCCUUACAAUGCCCGUACGCUAGAAAAACAGGCCAAAUCUGUCAAGAGAUCUCUCAAUAUGGGAGAUUUAGACAGCAAUUCGCCAUCGUGUCCGGCUUUUAACCAGUUGAUCAAGGGAUCCCUUGUAGUGAUGCACCAAGCUGCCAUUUUAGCUAGGGAGAACCAUAACCUACGCGAAGCAAAUGAUAUUUUACAGAAGCGCCGCACUCGCCGUACAAAAGCCCUACAAGCCGAUGGUAUUUUGACAGUCGCUGAAGGCCGAGAGCUUGCUCAGGAGCUUCCUGAAGAGGCUCAACCCCCUCCUCCACCCAACGGGAGCGCGCCUUUGCAGCCAGCUCAACGGGCCCUACCAAGUUCUUUGAACCAAGUGGGAUGCGGCUGUGCCACUUACCCGGGUGCGCCGUUUACCCGUGAAACACGUUAUCGUUUAGUGCUCGCCUUCGCUUAG